AUGGUUCUCCAGUCAAUCAACGAGUUUUUUAGAAAUGUCAUUAAUGGCGGUUCACAAAAGGGAAAGCAGCUUGCUUCUACGGAACCACCAAAACGAAUGCUCAGGAGUAAGAAGAAAGAUCUAGGAACCCAUACUGAGGGAAAACAACUAAGGAGGAAACGUUUGAAGAGGAAAGGAUACAGACAACCAAGGAGAAUGGGCUCGAUUCUACAAUAUUUAAGAUCUGUGAUCCAGACUAUGAAGGGGACUGACCAUCAAACGAGCUCUUUGACUAAAAGGCAUAUGGAUCCCAGGAGAAGAGAACUUUUGAAGGCACGAGUACUUAAAUCAGAAGAGGUUAAAAGGAAUCGACUUCAAAAUGGACAACAUAGAAGCCAUCAUAGACAUAACCAUGAGCCAAAGCAGAAACAGAAACACAAUCAUUCCAUCGAUCUUGGUGAUAAAUCCGUGUCCUCUAUUGAGCCUGGAGAUAUCCGACAGGAGUCAGUAAUUGACCAGACAGUGGAAUUUGCACAAUUGAAAGAGAGAAUUGGCGAAUUAGAAACACAAAUGGAAAGUUUGACCAAAGAUCUCAACAUAGCGCAGGAACGUAAUGCGUUAUUUCAAACAUUACUGGAUGACGCCCAUUUAGAUUCCAUUGGAGGGUACAUGAAAUCUCGCAGAGACAUAAAGAACCUUGUCAAAUCUCCUUCCCGAAUGACGUUAACUCUACCCACCCAUCACGACCUGGCACCAUUGUCUCCAAAGAGACGUAGCUCGCAAAUGACAACGCAACCGCCAGGUAAGCCCCUAGUGACCUCCAGUCCCAUCAGGAAACCCAUGACAAUAGCCACUAACAUGUUUUCUUCCCCCAUCCAUGUCGAGAGAGCUCCUCCUGUUAAGAAAGAGGACCCGGCCCUUCCACCGCCGGUGUUAGAGUACCGGGAUUCUUAG